CCGCAACAGGGAAAUGCAGAGGUGCUGGGGGAGGGAGUUCAGGGGUUAAAAGCCAUGGGUCAGGGCUGAAGGUGGAGGCAGCAGGCGGCUGAGUGCUCAGCAGGACCCCUCACCCAGGCCCGCCCCGCCCCCCGGAGCGCCAUGUGGCCCCUGGCCACAGCCAUCCACCUCCUGACCCUGGCCUUGGCAGGCGGCAUCUCUCAGGAUCACCCCAAGAUCAUCAACGGUACCAAUGGGACCAGCGGGUUCCUGCCAGGCGGCUUCACCUGCCAGCCCCACUCUCAGCCUUGGCAAGCAGCCCUGCAAGUCCAUGGGCAGCUGCUCUGCGGGGGAGUCCUGGUGCACCCCAAGUGGGUGCUCACUGCUGCACACUGCCAGAAGGAGGGCUGCCGAGUGUACCUGGGCAAGCACGCCCUGAGCCGUGUGGAGCCGGGAGAGCAGGUGAGGGAGGUGGCCCGCUUCGUCCCCCACCCUCAGUACCAGGUCAGCCCCACCCACAUGAACCACGACCACGACAUCAUGCUCCUGGAGCUGCAGUACCCGGCCCAGCUCAGCCGCCACGUCCGCGUCCUGCCCCUCUCCCGCCACGACUGCCUCCCACCGGGCACCUCCUGCCUGGUGUCUGGCUGGGGCACCACCACCAGCCCCCAGGUGAGUUACCCGCAGACCUUGCAGUGUGUCAACAUCCAGCUGCGCUCGGACGCGGAGUGCCGCCAAGUCUACCCCGGGAAGAUCACGCCCAACAUGCUAUGUGCAGGCACAGACGAGGGCGGCAAGGACUCCUGUGAGGGUGACUCCGGGGGACCCCUGCUGUGUAACGGGACCCUCCACGGCAUCAUCUCCUGGGGAGACUUCCCGUGCGGUCAGCCCAACCGGCCCGGCGUCUACACCCGAGUUUCCCGCUACGUCCCGUGGAUCCGAGGCAUCAUCCGCAAACACACAGCCCCCGAUGGGAAAGGGGUGAAGGGCUCGUGAUGAGCACCCCAUACCUGCUCCCCCCACCCCCUCACUCUGUUCCCCAGCCUGUAGGAUUCUCCUUGAACCCACGUUCUCAAACGCUCACUGUCAGCUGCCAUUUCAAACCGUGCCAUUGUCGCAGUGACAGGCUGCCCCGGCCCCGACACACCCAGUACCCCGAUGUUCUCAACGGCUCCACCGCAAGCCCCUUUCGCUCUCUGAACACCCAACCCCCCGCCCAGCCCGUCUCCAAGGAAUGAAUGGAACCUCCCCUUCAAAUAUUUAU